CAUGUUGGAUGGAGCUGGCAGGCUUCUAAAACGGCAGGACUUACAAGGAAAGUUUUCACCUCGUCCCGUCUUCGCUCCGCUGUCUCAUUUUCGACCUCAUUGCAGGGAUCAAGGAGACGUCAACGCUACAUUCCUACACCGUGCAAGCCUUCUUUAAUCUCCGUGCAUCUUUAAUCUCGGCGGAGGAGCGGAAUACUUCAGCGCCCGGUGGAGGAGUCGGAGACAGGCCACGGAUGACCGGGCGAUUGUUUAUGUCUCUUUGCUGGGCUCCUACAAGCAGUCAGUGGGCGCAGACUUCAUAAACUGAGCCUGAAUAAUGAGUGGAAUACCGCCGCAGCGGCGGCAAUCCAACGUCGGCUCCACAGUCCUGUCCCCGCAGGAAAAUGAAAUCCUUUUUAACCAAGUUGGCCCCAAACGCCUCGCGUUGGCUUCAGGAGUGGUCCAGGUAUUCCACGCAGACCGUAACGGCAGCUGGAACAAAAAAAGCUGCGGGGCGGCCUGUUUGGUCAAAGACAACCCCAAACGCUCCUAUUUCAUCAGGGUCUACGACAUCAGGGAGUUUAGGAUGACAUUUGAACAGGAACUGUACAAUGGAUUCACUGCUAACCAACAGAGACCUUACUUCAUCACAUUUGCUGGAGACACGUGCCAAGUGGGUCUGAACUUCACCAGUGAAGAAGAGUGCAGGCGUUUCUAUAACACCGUAAUGGACCUGACAAUGAGGAAAAGCAGGAGAACCGAGAAGAGGCGAGAACCUCCAAAUGGACCGGCGUUGCCCAUGGCUACCACAGACAUCAAAAACCCCGAAAUCAACAAUGUUCAUCGCUUUCACAACAACUCUCAGGUGAACAACCUCAUGCACGCCUCCUUCCCCAGGAGGAUCAAAAAGGACAAAGACAAGGGGAAGAGGAAGAGGCUGACCAAGGCAGACAUCGGCACACCCAGCAACUUCCAGCAUGUCAAUCACGUAGGAUGGAAUCCAAACACCGGCUUUGAUAUGAAUAACCUGGACCCAGAGCUGAAGAACCUGUUUGAUUUGGCCGGCAUCUCUGAGGCCCAGCUAAAGGACAAAGAGACCUCGAAGGCCAUCUACGACUUCAUUGAGAAAAAUGGAGGCGUGGAGGCGGUCAAAAACGAGGUACGGAGACAAGCUCCUCCACCACCUCCACCCAGGAGUGGCCCUCCUCCCCCUCCACCCCAACAUCACAGCUCUGGCGCUCCUCCUCCACCUCCUCCUCCAUCCCGGGUUAUACGGGGCGCCCCGCCGCCCCCUCCCCACUCCAGGCCUCCCGUCGUGGCACCCCCACCUCCGCCUCCAUCCCGUCCGGGUUUGUCCGCUCCACCGCCUCCGCCACCCAGCCGAGGCGCCCUCCCACCGCCCCCCGCCCCGGCUCAUGCCUCCAUGCCAGUGGCUCCGCCGCCGCCACCUCCUCCGCUUUCUUCGGGGUCAUCCAGCAACGGCGCUCCUCCGCCACCACCUCCACCUCCCCCACCCCCUGGACCUCCUCCCCCACCCUCUAUAGAGGCUAACGGAGGGGAUGGCAAGUCUGCGCUGCUGAGUCAGAUCAGAGACGGAGCCCAGCUGAAGAAGGUGGAACAGAAGGAGCGACCGGUUUCCUCCGGCGGCAGAGAUGCUCUUCUGGACCAGAUCCGACAAGGAAUCCAACUGAAAUCUAGGGAUGAUAACUCUGAGCCCGCGCCAGCUGACGCAGCCCCUACAGCGGGCAUCGUAGGAGCGCUGAUGGCGGCCAUGCAGAAACGAAGCAAAGCUAUUCACUCCUCGGAUGACGAUGAUGACGACGACGACGAUGAGGACUUUGAGGAAGAUGAUGAAUGGGAUGACGAGUGAAUCUUUUCUUUUUUUCCCCCCCUCCAUGACACUAAAAUUGAUCCCAGUUUCUUUAAAUAAAAUAAAAUCAAUGACUUCAUGAUUAUAAUUAUAAAUGUUCUAUUAGUUUGUUGUACAUUUCUUGUUGCCUUUAUGCUUUUUUUUUAUUAAUCUGUGCAAUACCUCGUUUAAUCUAUCAAUGUUUGUCGGUCUAAUCUUAGAGGUUGUCCUUUAUCGUUGAUAGGGUUUUUUUUUUCUUCUUUCCUUUGUUCCUAUUUUUGUUCAUCUGUUUGCCUUUUUUCAAAUCUUCCUUCACACAUGAUCCUUAUUUCUCUCCUUAAUGUGCAAUUUUAAAUGUCUCUUAAGCGUUUGAGCUAAAUGUUUGCUUUAUUUCUUCUUUCUGGAUUGAUGAUGGUUUACGUGAAAGCGAGACAAGUUGCCACAGAUUUAGAUAUUUGUAACAUUAAUAGAAAGGGAGAAAAGAAAGUUAUUUUCAUAUCCUGUUGCUCUGUAGUUUAUUUUUUACAUAUUCAAAUAAUAAAUAAUUCUAGUUUAUUGGUCAUAUUUUCUUAAGAAAAAACUAUGAAAAAAAAGGAAGAUGGCACAUUUUGGAUUUAGCUCCAUUCACUGUGGAAUUUAAAUUUACUCCAAACUUUGAGUCUUUAUAUUUUUGCACGGAUGAAAAAAGUGGAGCCUUUCUGCAGGAUUAUAGAUUUUAAGGUUUGCAUCAUGAUUUAAAAUACAUACUUUAAAUAAUAAGGAUAUGAACUGGUUAUCUGUCACACUAUAAACCGUUUUAUCUCUGCAACACUACAUGUUAAAUUGAACUUGAGCUCAUUUGUUUCUUUUUUUUUUACACUAGAAAGUGGAGUAUUAAUAAAUGUCUGUUUAUUUGAAUCAAGUGAAUCAUCCUGUGAUGCUAAAAUAAAGAUAUUUUAGUUUUGCACACUGAUUCUUAUAAUGGGUUCAUGCUAACCUUACGUACAUCUCACCAUGUCGGUUUUAGCUGCUUUAUAAUGUAAAAACAUCACAGCAUUUCUCAACUUUUACUGGGAUUGGUGCUCACUGGCAUCUUAAAAGUAAACGUUCCCUUUAUAUCUGGUUCUGAUUUAGUGAAGUUCAGCAUAACAGUGCAGCAGAAAUUCAAGCAAAUGGCUGCAAAACCCCUCACUGCUUAGAUCAGUGAAAUCUCUUAUCUCUUUGAGGAAACGGGCAUUAUUCAUUUUGCAGCUUGAAUGUAAUGUUUAUUAUACCCAGAAAAGUCACUCCAGGAAUUAAUAGAUGUAUAAUUUUAACAGGAAAAACUUCUAUCGGCUGCAGGAAACUGACUCUCUUUAUUCCAAUCUGUUUAGGAAAGUGUUUUAUACCAAAGAAAAAUAACAUUUCUAACUGGUACAGGAGACUUGAAAGUGGAAAUUUGAGAUUUGCAAAAUAAUUAACUUAUCUGUAAAGCCCAGCCAACUAGCUAGGUUCACAGCUAAAAGCAGUCUUAUUUCUGCUACUUUCAAAGCACAUGUAUCUGGAAAUGCAAAAUGUAAUCUAAUAAAUAAAGAAGCAGAACUUCAUUGUGCAAGAUAAAGACCAUCUUCUAUUUCACAUCUGUACUAAUUCCGCCUUUCCUACCUAAAUAAAUCAAUUUAAGUAAAAUCAACCUGCAGGGGAAUAUCUAACUACUUUGAUCAGGAGUAAAAAAUAUGGAAAAAUUAAGGUUAAUCAGCCUGAAUGAUCCAGAAACACUGCUGAUUUAAAUUGGUGUGUUGUUUAAAAA